AUGGUUCACCCUGGCAGGUUCAGUAGAGCUGUACCUGGUCAGAUGGUUCACCCUGACAGGUUCAGUAGAGCUGUACCUGGUCAGAUGGUUCACCCUGGCAGGUUCAGUAGAGCUGUACCUGGUCAGAUGGUUCACCCUGGCAGGUUCAGUAGAGCUGUACCUGGUCAGAUGGUUCACCCUGGCAGGUUCAGUAGAGCUGUACCUGGUCAGAUGGUUCACCCUGGCAGGUUCAGUAGAGCUGUACCUGGUCAGAUGGUUCACCCUGACAGGUUCAGUAGAGCUGUACCUGGUCAGAUGGUUCACCCUGGCAGGUUCAGUAGAGCUGUACCUGGUCAGAUGGUUCACCCUGGCAGGUUCAGUAGAGCUGUGCCUGGUCAGAUGGUUCACCCUGGCAGGUUCAGUAGAGCUGUACCUGGUCAGAAGGUUCACCCUGGCAGGUUCAGUAGAGCUGUACCUGGUCAGAUGGUUCACCCUGGCAGGUUCAGUAGAGCUGUACCUGGUCAGAAGGUUCACCCUGGCAGGUUCAGUAGAGCUGUACCUGGUCAGAUGGUUCACCCUGACAGGUUCAGUAGAGCUGUACCUGGUCAGAAAGUUCAGUAG